AUGGGUGCCAAGAACCACGGGGUGGUCAUGCCGGACUGCAACAAAGAGCAGACCCUUAAUCAGUUGACAGCCGCUGCAUUUGGAGCUGCAGGACAACGUUGUAUGGCCCUCUCGACGGCGAUCCUUGUCGGCGAGGCCCGUUCUUGGUUACCUGAACUAGUGAAUAGGGCCAAGCAGCUUCAUGUAAAUGCAGGAUGGAAGCCAGAAACUGACGUCGGUCCAUUAAUAUCAAAGGCAGCAAAGCAGCGCGCCGUCAACAUCAUAAAAGGAGCGAAGAAGGAAGGCGCUAAUGUACUACUCGACGGAAGCGACAUCGUUGUCCCAGGGUUCGAGAAGCGGCAACUUCGUGGGACCGCACCGAUUAAUUCGCAGGAUCCAAACCAACAUGACUUGCUACAAAGGAAGAGAUUUUCGCGCCGGUUCUAG